CUGAUUCAGGUUUUAAUGCUAAUAAUACUUUUAAUGACCAAUCACCAAAUUUGACCUCUAUAAAUACACCGUCUACAUCGAAUGCUUUUACCGUACCAGAUAUUAGUUUUCGACAAUUUGACUUUGGCUUAUUAGAAGUUACAGAGUUUAUUGAAGAGGGGUUGAAAGAGCUUAAUGUAAAAAUGUUCGACUACUCGCAGUUUAGCGAUCUUAAACUUAUUGGAGUUGGAGGAUCCGCAAAUGUUUAUUCUGCUAAGUUCUAUGGACAAAAAUUUGCACUGAAAAGUCUGAAAAAUACUUUACGAUUAGAAUAUAAAGAAGCUAUGUCGUUCAUUCACGAG